AUGGCACAUUCUCUUCGUGCCCCGACAGCUCCAUAUAGCGAGCCUCUUCUCCUCCAACUCGAUGUCCACAACCCAUAUUACACCGAUCUGCACCACAAGCUUCGUGCCUGGAUCCGCGAGUACGUCGAAACCCACAUUGCGCCUCAUGCCCAGGAAUGGGAAGCUGCAGGCCAGGUCCCCGAGGAAGUAUGGAGACGCCACUGCAAGCUAGGUUUCGCUAUAGUGCACCCAUUGACGACAGAAGAGAAUGCCGCUGGCUUGUCUCUGCCGGGAAACGUACCCCGCGAUAAAUGGGAUACAUGGUGCUCGCUCAUCACGACAGAUGAAUUGACCCGCGUAGGGUUCGUUGGCGUUGUUUGGGGGCUUGGUGGCGGAAAUUCGAUCGGUUGCCCUCCUAUCGCUAAGUUCGGCACAGCGGAGCAGCAGCGGCGAUGGCUUCCUGGCGUUGCAAAGGGUGAUAUUCGUUUUUGUCUGGGUAUCACAGAGCCAGAUGCUGGCUCAGAUGUAGCCAACAUACGGACUACGGCACGACUUGAGGGAGACCAUUAUGUCGUGAAUGGAGCUAAGAAAUGGAUCACCAAUGGUCUUUGGGCCGACUACUGCACUGCUGCGGUGCGGACAGGCGGCCCUGGACGUUCGGGGAUCAGUCUACUGGUCAUUCCUCUGGCAGCCGAGGGCGUGACCCGUAGGCGAAUGUAUAACUCUGGUGUGAACGCGAGCGCCCAAAUAACUAAAAAAAAUCAUUCUUUAGGAUCUACUUUCAUUGAGUUAGAUGAGGUUCAUGUACCGGUUGAAAAUCGAAUUGGAGAAGAGAACAAAGGCUUUCCUCUCAUCAUGUCAAAUUUCAAUCCAGAGCGCCUAGCCCUAUCCUGCGCUUCUCUCAGGUUAGCUCGUGUGUGUGCCGAGGAUGCUUUCAACUAUGCAGUCCAACGCGAAACAUUCGGGUCCCCUCUUAUCAAGAGACAGGCAAUUCAAUCGAAGAUCUUCAAGUUUGGAUUAAUGAUUGAACCUGCAUAUGCCUUCAUGGAGCAACUUGUUAAUAUCUUAGAGGUCACAAAGGAUCGCUCUGUGGACGAUGUCAAAAUUGGAGGUAUGACCGCCUUGUUGAAAGUGAUGUCGACCAGGGCACUGGAGAAAGGUGUGCGAGAGGCACAGCAGAUUCUUGGAGGAGCUGGAUAUAACAAGGCCGGCAAGGGUGCUCGUAUUGAACAAAUCAGUCGUGAUGCUCGAGUCCACGUUGUUGGCGGUGGAAGUGAGGAGAUUAUGCAGGGAUUGGCGCUUCAAGAAGAGACAAAGGCUUUGCGAUCGCGACGCAAGGUUCUCGAAAAGAGACAGUCAAAUAUUUGA